AGGAUUAAUAGGGACAAGAGCAUAAUGGAGCCCCUGGAUUUCACGCUAAAAAUUACCGCCAUAAUGAAAAGCUGUCCGCCCCAGAAUUCGCCUGGUCGUUUGAAAUCCAGACUAGGAAAAAUUCUACCAAUUGUCUAUCCCGGAUACGGCAAAUCGGAGUACCGGGAGGGAUUGGACUGCCACUGGAUCGUAGAGAGCGAACAUCCGAACCACGUCGUUCGCUUGGUGAUCAACAGCAGCGCCAUCGAGGAUAAGCUGUUCAGCGAAUGUGACGAUUUCGUGGAGAUUCACGACGGUCACUCGUUAACUUCGCCGCUGAUCAUCAAGUGGUGCGGAUACGAGAACCCUCGAUCGGUCUCCAGUUCAAACGGCAGCCUCUAUAUCCACUUCAAAACCGACGAGACCGUUCAGACCCGGGGAUUCAACUUGUCAUACACCGAAGACGUUGCCAUCGGGUGUCCUGACGGAUGGGUGGCGAACGACGAGCUGAACACGUGCUAUCACUUUGUACACGACAGUGGCGGUGUCAGUUGGUUCGAUGCCCAGAUGCAUUGCAUCUACGACAUGAGCAAUCUGCUGGUCAUAAGCAGUCAAGUGGAGUUUCAGGCCAUAAUCGGUGAGUAUGGUGUUUCAUACCUGUUCAUAAGCGACGCGUUGCAACUGGAUGAGUCCAAACCUUGGAUCGGAUUUACUGAUACAUCGAUGGAGGGAACGUUUGAGCCAGUCGACUACUCGCCAGUCAUCUGGAAGGAACCAUUGGUCGAUUUGGAAAACGGAGAAACCAUCGAUUGCCUGUAUUUGGACAUGAACGUCACUCACGGCAUUUACCGGGUCGAUCAUUGUUUCCACAAACAUUCAUUUAUAUGUAAGAAAAGACAAGAUCAUUCAACGAGGCCAGUACCUGUUUCGUUUGCGGUUAUCAAGGAAGGUCUUAAGAGUGCCAGUAAACUUUGGCCCUCGGUGAUCAUGUGGCCAUUGAUUGUAGCUGCGUUAUUCUUGGUCAUGAUUAUUACUACGAUUUUCAUCCGCAGUCAGCUGAAACACAGGAGCACCGUUGGCAUCGAAGAGCCGGUUGGUACAUUCCAAACCGCAGCCUAUCCCACCGAGCAGCGGAGGUCGAAUCAUACUCACGAAAACGACGCUACCGACUGCGUUCCGCUGAAAGCCGCGGUCCCAAAAAGCACAGUCGUGGAGAUGGUUCCCAUUUCGAACCAGCUUCCUUCUACUGUUACCGACGAGGCGACUUCUGCGCUCGAAAACGCCGCAGCAAAGCCUUCACAACAAGCUGACGGUGUACUGGCUCCCUCCAGAAUCCAUAGUUCCUCUUCGGGAAAUUCGUUCCAAACACAACCCACCAGAAACGAACCGGAAGACACGUUGAAGUUGAAAAACUACGCCACCGUGAAGCCCCCAGCGGAGAAGUUUGUCAUACCGAAAAUUCGGCUAUUGCAACCGCAUCUCUCUGCAGUUUCAGAAGGUCGGUUCUCAUGCACUUAA